CAAGAAUAUAAGGAGGCAAGGACUAAAAAGCACGAGUUUUGGUUCUCCUUUGCACUUUCCAGUGCAGUGCCAUUUUUAUAGUCUUCUUCCGAGGUAAGCAAAGGGCAAAAAUGGGAAUCUGGGAUUUCAUAAGCUCCGGCACAGAAGUGGUGAAACGGAAUACACGGGAUCUAGCAACUCCGGUGAAGAAGGUAUGUGAAAGAUCCUAUUAUUACAGUGCGGCCACCGUCAGAAAGAUCGACGACGAACUACAGAAGCUGGGUCAGUACAGUUACAUGCCUGAUGAAGAAGGCAGGGCUAAAAUCGUCAAUUUCAGUACAAAAUUCGUCAAAAAUGCUUCCUUUUAUGCGGUUAAAGAAGCAGCCAACAUCUUCAUCCCUGGUGUCUCCCAAAUUUACUCUCAAACAGUUCGCGAAAUGGAAAUCGAGUCUAAAAAGAAUCAAAACGUGUCGCCUGACAAGGAAAUAGCUGGCAAUUCGAGUAAGGAUACCAGUAGUACUGGUACUCUGGGAUUGCUCGAUGGGGCUGAGAUUCUGGAAAAAAGAGAACCACCGUUAGUUUCUGAAAAUAAAGUUGAGGUUGAUUCAUUUGCACAUCGAACAGCUGAAGAGGGGGGAGCUAUAAGUGGUCAACCGAACAUCAUUCGUCAAAAAAUUAGAUCUUUAAUAUAGGUUUGAACGUCUUUGACGAAAUUUCUAGCUCUGCCAUAGACUUGAAGACGUCCUACGAGAUGAAGGAAUUUAUUGGCACUCGUUAUCUGGACGAUUUACUGGUUCCUGAUCAUCGACAACAGAAGAAAGCAUAAUUGAUUCUAGUAUGUAUAUUGACAUUUCAUAUAUAUUUAAUGUUUGUGUUACUGGAUUGUUCCUAGUGUAUGUUUGUAUGUAGAUAUCUAAUUUCUUAAGUUACCUCUUUGUUGUGCUUCCUUUGAAGCAAAAUUUAUAUAGUUAUAGUCUAUGCAACAACAAUUUGGACUGCAGAAUCACGAGUUUGAAUAUCUGUUAAAUGACUCUACGAUUGUAUUCACAAUUUGAAUCAGAGAAUCAUGACGAGUUUAAUUG